GCAGCGCAUUGCUUGGUGGGAUUUUGAACUGCCAGUGACCAACGGCUCACUCUGGCAGCGCGCAACGUUGACCGAUCAUUUCUCUCUCUGGUUAGUCUUUUCAUCGCUUCUGACCGAUUGGUGGCGGCCACAACUUCCAUUGAAAAUGAGGAGAAGUGUGGCGCUCGCAGCAGAGUCCGUGUCGUGCCUCAAUAAAGCUUUGUGCCACCUGAAGGACAUUUGGGAGGAGAUCGGCAUACCUGAGGACCAAAGACUGCAAAGAACGAAUGUUGUCAAGAAUCACAUUAAGAACUUACUCGAUAUGAUGAUCAAAGAGGAGGAGUCUUUGAAAAGCAGGCUUGUAAGCAACAUUCAGAACUGCAAAACUGAAAGGGAGAAGCUUUGUCUUGAACUACAGAUUGCAUCUUUUGAGGAAGAGGCUGGUAUCAGCAUGCUCCAACAGGAAAAGAACCUCCGCACACAGGUGGAGGCUCUGACAAAGGAGAAGGAUAGGCGGAUGCAGCAGCUGAAGGCUCUGCUGGUGCAGGACCAGUACCUGUGUGACAUCCUGUGCUCCAUUCCUUAUAGCAUCACCCCAGAUUCUGUCCCCUCACUUGAACAACUGGAGAAAUUAAGCCAGCAUAUUGUCAGCCAGAGUGCUGAGAAGGCAAAACGGUAUGCUGAGUUCAUGGACCUUAAAAAGCAGAUCAUCUUGUACAUGAGUGACCUGGACCAUGUCCCAGAGACCAGUUUUGAGAAGGAUGUUGUCUGUGAAGAUGAAGACUCUUUCUGUCUUUCGACGCACAACAUUAAUGCACUCAAGCUGCUUCUUUGUCAGCUGGAGCAACACAAGGCGGAGAACGAGGCAACAUGUGAGGCUCAUCGAGAGAAGAUCCAGCAACUGUGGGACCGAUUGCAAGUUCCCCAAGAGCAAAGAGAGGCCUUCAACGAGCACAUGGUCAUGUCGAAGAAACUCAACCUAGACGCGCUCCAAGCAGAGGUACAUCGUUUGGAGGACCUAAAACUGCAUAACAUUCGAAAUGUGACCGAUGCCAUCCGCUCUGAGAUUGCUGUGUUUUGGGAGAAGUGCUUCUACAGCCUUGAGCAACAGCAGGCGUUUUUUGCAUAUUUUAGUGAGGAUUUCACAGAGGAGCUGUUGAGUACGCAUGAUGCCGAGCUCCAGCACUUGAAGCAGCAUUAUGAAGAUCACAAAACUCUUUUUGACGGGGUUCACCAAUGGGAAGAAAGCUGGAGACUCUUUCUAGAGUUGGAUAAAAAAGCCUCAGAUCCAACGAGAUUCACAAAUAGAGGAGGUAAUCUUCUUAAAGAGGAAAAACAGAGGGCUGAGCUUCACAAAAACCUGCCAAAGAUUGAAAAUAAUCUGAAAGCCCUGAUUGAUGCCUGGGAAGGUGAACAGGGUUGUGAGUUUUUGGUCAACGGCCAGAAGUUUCUUGAGUAUGUGGCGGAACAGAGGACACUGCAUCAAGCACAGAAGGAGAAGGAAAAACUAGAAAGGCAUCUAAAAAAGAGCAAGCAGACCGAAGAGGAUAUGCUGUAUGGAACAGCAGUACGAACCCCCAAACGUAGAUUCCCGGGUAACCAAACCCCAAGUAAAUCACGAAAAAUGUUAAAUGCAACCUCCAGCCUUUCUUUGGCCACAUCCAACAGCACAAUGCGCUCUGCCUUUAGUGGAACUGUCUGUCGCUCACCCCUACCCCGCUCACCUUUUUCUGCUAACAAGGGACAUACACAAAGGGUGCUGGUUAAAUCUCCCCACCCAAAGGUGACAGGCUGUAACAAGGAAAAUGAGAUCCAGUUGAAGGGGACUCCUCUGAGUGGUGCGUUGAUGACCCCCUCUAGUCCACAGUGUAACGUCAGCCUUAACUCAGUUGCCAGCACAUAUUCGGAGUUUGCGAGGGACUUGGUGAAUACUGAAAGUGUUCAGUCAAGCGAGACCUGUCCAAGGCCACUAACGCCAAGAUCCAGCACCACAUCCUGAACUCUACAUCCACCAAACUCUGACCUCUGAUGCUGACUGUCUUUUUGCCACCAUCUUUGUAGUAAAGAUCCUUCCCAAUAUCUAAUGGUGCCAUCUGCUUUUUAAUGUAAAUGAAGGAAAUAGUAUAUGAUAUUUAGUCUCAAUCUUUGUUCUGGUCUAGCCAAACAAGUCUUGUCACUGUCCGCAAUAAGAAACACAAGUUAAAACACUACCUUGGCUUUUGAAUAUUGACUUGCAUGUAAAUUUGUAGGUAUUGUGUGUUUUGAAAUAUAUAAUAGAAAGAAAUGUUACCUUUCCACAAUUAUGCAAUCCUCCAUUAUGCAAUAUUUGCACUUCUUGUAAAGUUCACGCUCGCUUUGUUCUAUUUGGACGUUUCACAGCUGAUUGUAGUUAUGUGUACGAGUAUAUUUAUAUUUUCAUCAUUUUUAUUUUUUUUAUUUUUAUGGAAAUAUCCCAUUUGACAUGCUGAACACGUUCUUCAUGUCCUUUAUUGAUGCUUUAACUUUUAAAAGCACAGAUUCUUGUACAUGCUCAUGGCUUAUUUGUAAACGCUCAUCAAAAGAAGCAACGGAAGAUCAUUCAGAAUUUCUUGCAUGGGUUGUAUUUUCAAUUCCUGUACAAAUGUUUUUAGAAAAAUAUAACAGUACAUCAUAUACGUUUGGUGUGGGGCUUCAUU